AUGUCGUUCAGCGGGACACUGGACAAGUGCAAGGCCUGCGAUAAGACAGUCUACGUUGUCGACUCCCUUUCCAUCGACGGCGUCCCGUUCCACAAAUCAUGCUUCAAGUGCACCCACUGCAAGGGCACCCUUGCCGUCAGUCCUCUCUCUCUCUCUCUAACCCUCCGUCUCCAUACGGGCUGUCCUGACGUCGAUCUCCUCACUGUGACGCAUCUCCUCACCCUGCACAGAUGAGCAACUACUCGUCCAUGGACGGCGUUCUCUACUGCAAGCCGCACUUCGAGCAGCUCUUCAAGGAGACCGGCAGCUUUUCAAAGGGCUUCCACGCCGGUCGGUGUUACCAUUCCGAAAGAAUCCUUCCACCAACGUCAUUUCCAUGCGUUAUUAUUCAUCAAUAUCUAGAGAGAGAGAGAGAGGGAGAGAGAAGUUUUCUUCAUGCCUGCGGAUGAGAGGACCAUCUCCGUCGAGUCUCCUAUCUCUUUCUUUCUCUCGCCGUUCUCAUUCUCCGGGUCUCUGAUUCGUGGCUUGUUUUUCUCUGAUUCUGCUUGCCUCUGCGGACGGACGGCCAGCUCCAAAGCCCGGCGAGAGGCAGAACGAAUUGGUAAGACCCGCCUGCUCUCUCUCUCUCUCUCUCUCUCUCUCUCUCUCUCUCUCUCUCAUUAUCGUUCGAGUUCCUCGUGGAACGGGAAACAGAAUCUCAUGGGCCGUCCCAAACAUUGCAGAAUAGGACCCCGAGCAAGAUCUCCUUCAUGUUCAGCGGCACUCAGGACAAGUGCUCCGUCUGCAAGAAGACAGCGUACCCAUUAGAGAAGGUCCUCUCUCUCUCUCUCUCUCUCCCUCUCCCCUCACACACACAUCAAAAGCCGAAGAGAUAUAUGUAUAGAGAGAGAGAGAUGCCUAAUGCAUGUGUGAUGCGGCAGGUGACGGUGGAGGGGGAGGCGUACCAUAAGACGUGCUUCAGGUGCUCUCACGGGGGGUGUCCACUGACGACGUCCUCUUACGCGGCCUUCGAGGGGGUCCUCUACUGCAAGCACCACUUCGCCCAGCUGUUCAUGGAGAAGGGCAGCUACACCCACAUCCUCAAGCACCAGGCCUCCUCCGUCAGGCGCGCCGCCGCCCCCGAUCACCCUUCGUCCCCGUAG